UACAAUAAUAUUUUUUUGCUUUUGAGGAGCAUAUGUUAUGAAAUGAUUACUUGUUUUAAAACCUGAAUAGUUUGGUUUUCUUUGUUACUCAGUGAAGCAAAAUGUGAGCAAAUAAGUUCACAAGGGUGCAUCAAUGACCAAUACUUUUAUUCAGCAAUGAAUCAUAAGUUUCCCUUAAAGGGUUACUGCAGAAAAUCGUCACCACUAAAAUUAUUAUUUAAAAAGUCUUUGUCAACUCUUUUAUCACUAUAUAAAGUCGAUUCUCUCUCAUUAAGCGAUACCAAAAAAACAAUACAAAAAAAAAACCAACCUUUAUUCCACUCACUUAUAACACAAAUACUUUUAUUUUUCUUUCACUAUUUAAUUUUACAAGUUAAAUUACCAACAUGUUGCCUUCUACAAGCACAGUUACUGUUAAUAGCUCUGGCUUUAGUCCAAACUUAUCACAGGACGUUAUAGAAAGUUACCAACUACCAAACACUGUAGUGGAAAUUCCUGCACCAGAGCCAUUUUUACCUCCCAUAUAUGAAUUGGACAUUGCAGUUCCACAUUUUGCAUUGAGACGUCGUAACGCUGUUGUAGAAGCUGUAUUGGAAACUCCGCUCUAUUUGAAUAGAAACAUUUAAUAAUAAUCUUUAAUCAACGAAUUACAAUAU